AAUGAUAAUUGGCUCAUUUGUCAAUGGUAUUUAGUCUUUCAAUUCUGUGCUUAUAAUUGUCAAUCAUUAGGGAAAUUGUUAGCCAAUGAUUUUUGGUCAUCCACUUAUAGCAUUUAAAAUGUCUCGUUACAAAACCAUAUAUCACAAAUGUCAAAUUUUAUGUUUUGAAAUAAAAUUUUGUAUAACACUUUUGUAAACAAUCAUUGUAUUCCUACGAACUGCAAAGUCAUGUAACCUAAUAAAUUUAAAAGUUGUAAGACAUACAUAAACUCAAAAUGUACUAUUUGAUUCUUGGUGAAGAAUUGUGUGAUCAGAGGAACUCGCUUUGUAAAUAAUUACAGUUAUUAAUUAAUUCGAUGAUUGAUUGUUGCAGUGAAUAGUAGUAUGCUUUUGAGAUAUUUCAACAUUUUCUCUCUUCAAUUCAAAAAAUACAUAAACAUUGUUGUAGUUCAGUUGGUUAGGGAUAUUGACUAUCAAUCUGAAGGACUCAAGUUCAAGUCUUGGUAAUGACAUUUUUUUCUAGUAAGAAGAUAUUUAAGUUCUAAGCUGAACUUACAAAUUUACCCCUAGCUACAGUUAAGGAGAGUUCAAGGAAUUUGAAAUGCUCAAAAUCUCAUGAAGAACUUCUAUAUAUUAUAGAGGCGAGGGACAUUUCCUAUAAAAUUCGCAUUUAUUUUGUUUUUAUUAUUUUCAAUAAAAAAAUCAUUCUUUCCAAUAAAAAUGCAUUUAAUAGGGAUUUAGAUUUUCAACACCGUGAUUAUCUAAUUUGUCCAUCCCUCUACUUACAUCCAUUCGAUCAAAAUAAUAUAUACAUGUAGGGGUGACAGUUCGGUUAUUUCGAUUAUAACCGGUAACCGAUCGCCCAGUUAUCGGUUAACCGAAAUAACCACAUUGUCUAUCAAAAACCGAUCGAAAUAGACUUCGGUUUCUCGGUUAUGUCGGUUAUCGAUUAACCGAACAACUUUUAAGACCAAAAACCAUUUUGUCCAGCCUCCGAUAACCAAUCGAAGUUCGAUUACUUCAAUUACCGGUUAGUCGAUAACCGGCCGGUUAUCGGUUUAACUGGCCGGUUAACCGGUAACCGGUAAACGGCCACCCCUAUAUACAUGUGGUUAAGAAUUAAAAUGUAGGUUGUCACCAUUGCAAACUCUUAUAAGAAUUGCACCAUAUCCCGCUCCAGCUCCACAUUGGACAAACGAAUACGCAUUCUGUCUCUUGUUCUUUAUGUACGUAGUUUGAACAACAUGUUUAACUUGUUCUCCCCCAACACCCAAAUUCCGGUGCCGUCUCCCUCAAGAAAACCCAGCUCCCCCACGGCCAAUAUCCUACCGUUUUUAGGAUUGAGUGGAGGGCAAGUUAACCAUGAAGAACGGUAUAUCCACCUUAGGAUCGUUUUCUUUGGAAUAAUUUUUUUUUUUGUUUGCCCUUAGCAUCAUCUUUGCUAUAUUGCUUCCAAUUAUGAACUUUCAACUUGCCUUUCUUAUACACUUUCUGUAGCUCCUCCCGCCAUUAAAACCCUACAUCGAUCUCUACCAACACCGUCCCUAGCUCCCUCCCCACCAUCAAGCCAUGGACAACAACGGAAAACCAACAAUGAACAACACCGGCGAUGAAGACGAGCCAAAAACGACGCCGUCGGACCAAGUCCAUUCCGACUUGACACUAGCCAUGGACGUCAUUGAUCACCACCACCACCAACAAAACGCCGCCGUCAGAGAAAACUUCAUCCAAGAAGAAGAAGAAGAGGAGGAGGAGGUUGACUGGAGUUCGAGCGACGAGGACGAGGACGAGAACGAGUACGAGUUCUUCGACAGCCAAGGCCUCGAAGAAGUCGACUUCGAAGGGUUUCUAGAGGAAGGACAAGGCAGUAAUUACAGCGACGACGACGAGAUGGAGGAAGACGAUAUCGAUCCGGACGAGAUGACGUACGAGGAGCUGAUGGCGUUGGGGGAGUUUAUUGGGCCGGCGGAGAAGCGCGGGCUGUCCAUGGAGGAGAUCUUGGGGCCUGGCUGCCUCCGACGUGGCAGGAAGGUUGCUGAGCUGUUGGCUGACGUGGAUCGAUGCGUGAUUUGUCAGGCGGAGUACGAGGAAGGAGGAGGAGGAGGGGUUGGUGGUGACGUGGAGGAGGAGCUGGCGGAGAUUGUCGGGUGCGGGCAUCCUUACCAUGCGGGAUGUAUAACCAACUGGCUGCUGGUGAAGAAGAACUGCCCCAUUUGUGGCUACGAGGUCUCGCCGAGCUCGUGCCCACCGUCCAAUGUUAAGGAACCCUGCAGAUAGAUUAUGGCGUUUGGUGAUGGUGGAGGGAUUGUGUAAUGGUGCUAAUAAUGCACAUGGUUGUUAGUUGUAGUUUAGGGUUCUUUAAUUUCUACCUCUCUUAAUUAUGUGACUCUUUGGUGCAUUUGUAAAUAAAAUGGAUGUGGUACUCUAUAUAGUUUAAUUUUAAACUUUUAAUUUAGGGGGCGGGGACCUUGUUAUAUGUAAUGGAUGUACACUAGAUAUAAAUACUCGAACGGAUAGUAGUUCUACUUGGAUUACUCGUAUCCCAGGCCGAAAUACUCGAUUUGAACAAAGACCUAUCAUAGGACGGGUAGGAGUACUACUAAUGUACCAUAAAUCUAAACUCGUUAUCAUUCCCAUUUGGUGACUAUUUUCAAAAUUUAGGGCUGGAAAAAUAACGGAUCAUUCGAAAAAGUAGCAGUGAUCAAAUCGGACAGAAUAGUUUGGUCCAGAAUUUGAAGCAUAGAACAAUAAGAAAUUAAGAAUGGUUUUUUAUUUGGUCUGUGAUAUGGUUAUUAUGAGUUGUUUUGAUCUCUUGGUCAAAAAUGAUCCAGACUGCGGUUUGUUAGACCAGACCAUGAACCCGACCCACUUUCCCUCCCAAUUCAUGUUAGCAGUCACUCGACCACUCUCCCCACUCCUUAAUAAGGUCCAAGUUUUAACCUUAGUUUCAUGCAUUUCGUCCCCUCCUUCCUCCACAUAUCACAUUAUGUAGAGAGAAUAGAUGAUCAUAUUUGCAUAUGACAUUAUGUUAAUAUUUAUGACGUUAUGAUGUAACUUGGAAUGCUUUGACUUUUUGUCUUUGUUAUUUGUUUGAAUUCAUGGUAUUGAGAUCACCUAUGCAUGUAAGACUUUAGAUUUCAAAGGCAAAAUAUAGGGGAUUUUCUUAGUUAUUGAUUCGACCUUUUGUUUUAUGGACCAAACAAAUUAUUAAUUUUUUUUGCUUCACAUGGUCGUCUUGGUCCAAAACGUACAAAUGGAGUUGUAUAUAUUGUAUAGUACUUGGUAUGAUCUCUUAUUUAGUCUCACAAUUUAGACCGCGCUUAUACCGUAUGUGUUAUGAGGACAAUCCAAGUACCACAUCGGUAAUACAAGGGAAGGAACCCUUGUAUAUUAGCGUCCACCUAGCCCAACUAGUACGAGGCCUUUUGGGGAGGAUACCCAAGAGUAAACCCGUGAGGGCUUGGCCCAAAGCGGACAAUAUCGUACUAAUGGAGCAGUCCGAUUUACAAGUGGUAUUAGAGUCUGGUUCGGUUCGGGGCGGUGGACGUCAGUUUGGUGGACCCUCAUUUGGUGACCAAGUGGUAUUAGAGUCUGGUUCGGUUCGGGGCGGUGGACGUCAGUUUGGUGGACCCUCAUUUGGUGACCUAGGGAUUUGAGAUCUACGUUUGUCUGGCGGGUCAAAGGUGAUUCGUGUAUGUUUGGUGGAUCCAAGAGAGAUCUGCGUUUGUGAAGCAGAUCAAAGAGAGUUCUGCGUCUGAGAAAAAUUUUUUACCGAGAAGCCCAUCGAUACAAGGUGUCUGGCGGAUCAAGAUAAUCGUUGAGGUGAGGGCACGAAGUUCGUGGUUCUUGUCUUAAGCGGAGGAUUGUUAUGAGGACAAUCCAAGUACCACAUUGGUACUACAAGGGAAGGAAUCCUUGUAUAUUAGUAUCCACCUAGCACAAUUAGUAAGAUGCCUUUUGGGAAGAAACCCAAAAGUAAAAUCGUGUUGGAUUGGCCCAAAGCGGACAAUAUCGUACUAAUUGAGCUUCCCAGUUUCUACAAGUGGUAUCAGAGCCUGGUUUGGUUCGGGGCGGUGGACGUCAGUGGAACCCUCGUUUGGUGACCUCGAGAUUUGAGAUAUGCGUCUGGUUUGGUGGAUCCAGGAGAGAUCCACGUUUGGGCUUGGCGGAGCAAAGAGAGUUCCGCAUUUGGGAAGCAGAUCGAACGAGAGUUCUGCGUCUGGUAAAGUCCUUGUACCGAGAAGCCCAUCGAUACAAGGCGUCUGGCAGAUCAAGAUAAUCGUUGUAUAAUAGUGUCCACAAAACUCAUUAGUACGAGGUCUUUUGGGGAGAAAACCCAAGAGUAAAACCGUGCAGGCUUGGCUCAAAGCGGACAAUAUCGUACUAAUUGAGCUGCGCGAUUUCGACCGUAUGUAUGGUAUGAUAUGUACCAGAUCUGACAAUUUUUCAAUCCUAGAUAAAAUUAGGUACUCAAAUUGCGAAAACUCAUAAAACUAUAUACUAAAUUAGGUACUCUAAAAUUUAGCCGAAUAUUCAUGAGACCGGGUAUAUUUUGCUCCGCUUGUAUGGGUUUCGUAAUCCGUUAUGCUUGAGUAGAGUCGCACGUCAUGUUGGGUUUGAAAAUCAAAUGUGGUGGAAUAUAUGCCUUCCUUGACCUCAUUAUUUUUUAAGGCUCGUCUUUAGCUUUCACGUACUUUUUGUGCACCCGAAACGUUGUGGUGGUGGUGCUUUGGGUUACAUGGAAUGGUUUUGAAUUCUUAGCGGGGAAGAAAUUGCCAAAACCACAUUCACCAACUCUGUGCACGUACUUACGUUAACGUACCCUACCACCAAGUUCUUCUCCGUUACGUUCGAGCAGCUAAGUUAAAACUUAAAAGCAAAAGAUCCCUAGUUCCCCUCUUUCUACCGACCAUUUUGAAUGCAAAAAAAAGGCAGGGGUUCCUGGCGCCCUGUUUUUUCCUUCUAUACCAAGGAUCGAUCAGUCUCCAAAUCGGCACUAGCUACUCUCAUUGCAUAUUUUACAUCUUUGGCUCGACAUUGAGCGAUUGAAAACUACGUUUUAUUGUGAAGUAUGUUAAAGAUUCAGCAAAUGAAUAGGUUGGAAAUCGCGAUUCAUUUCAAUAGUUUAGGGGACCAAAAGAAACACGAAUAUUGAUAGCAAGAAAAACCUUCUAAAAUGAAACAAGUAAUGUACGAGUAAUAUAAUCACUACUUGAAACCAAAUCACUACCGAGGGCCAUUGAUUUAUAUCUAGUUAAACAAUUCCCCUAAUCCAAUAAGUGAAUUUACUAUCUGCACGUUUAAUAAGAGCUCGUAUCCAACUUUGCAUCAUAUGAUUAUGAGAAGAUGAAGGGAAAAUAGCUCUUAAGAGUCUCGGUACAAGUUUUGCAAAAGUAAUUGGUACAAAACUUCUUUAACAAAGAUACUGGAAAUUG